CAACUUUAAUUUAUUGUCAUGGUCUAAAUUUGGUUGUCAUCUAUGAUGUACACAUUAUUCUGAUGGUCCCACUCUUAGGUACUCGUUGUUUAGACAAGUCGUGUCCCCUUGUGCACUCCAUUAUUGAAGCCAGUACAUCUCCCUCCGUUAUCCUCCAUCUGGCUUUCUUGCUUUCUUCUCUGCAUCUAAGUUCUUAUCACCACCCAUCCUCUCUACUUCUCUAGAUUAGUUGCUUGUACGAGAAGGUGAAGCCGUCUUCCACGUGCUUUCCUCUAUGAUUCCGCGUUUCCUCCACUUGAUCCCGCUCUACUCCACGUGCUUUCCUUCACAAUUCCGCGUUUUUUCCACAGAUGAUCCCGCUGUAUCCCUCACAUUUUCCUUGAUCCACCUUCCACCGGAUUCCAGGUUUCUUCCAGGAGUUUCAGACGCAAAUCAGACCACCCACUCUACUUAUACGGUCUCUUCUUGUUUUCAUCCAGUGAAUCCUAUUCCCUUACUCAUUCUGAACAGUUGCCCUCGCUCAAAACCGAGCCUCCUUACAGCCUAUUUUAAUUGAUUUUCUCUCAUUGAUUCUCUGUGUUCAAAUAAAUCUCAUCCCAUGGCAUCAAUUUCUAUGAACCCUGUUCGACCGGAGAAUGAGGUUAUGAGUGCUUUUCAUGAAGUCGCACCAUCUGCAUCUACUUCGGGUACAACCUCAACACUUAUCCAAAAGCCAUCUUACGAUGUAUUCAUCAAUCAUCGUGGACCAGAUGUCAAACAAACUUUAGCUAGCAGCAUCUAUAAAAUCCUAGGUGACAUGAAGGUGUCAGCUUUUUUAGAUUCAGAGGAGCUGGAAUAUGGCGAUUUCUUGCCGACAACAUUAGAAGCAGUAAUUCGCGGUGCCACCCUUCAAAUAGCAAUUUUUUCAAAGAACUAUGCAGAAUCACCUUGGUGUUUGGCAGAGCUCUCAUGUAUGCUUAAAAGUGGCGCCAAAAUUGUUCCCGUAUUCUACUAUGUAGAGCCUACUGAUGUCAGAUAUGUAGCUCAAAGAAAAGGGAUAUAUGCUGAUGCCUUUGAGAGGCAUAAAAAGAAGCGUAGAUAUAGCCCAGAGAAGCUUAAGGAGUGGGAAAAUGCACUGCACGAGGUCUCAUUUUACAUUGGCGAAAUCAUCAAAAAUAAUGAGGAUGAGAUGAAGCUGUUCAAAAAUAUUGUGAAUAUUGUAUUAAAAGAAAUACGCAAUGUGCCAUUAAUGGUCGCAAAACAUCCAGUAGGUCUCAGCAAAAUAAUACAGGACUUUGAGAAUGCACUCCCACUUGUCCAGUGUGACCAGGGUGCACAAAUUGUGGGUAUUUGGGGCAUGGGUGGGUCAGGCAAGACCACUCUUGCCAAAGAAUUAUAUAACAGAAAAUCUUCUUUCAUGGAGAGGUCUAGCUUUAUUUUUGAUAUUAGAGAAGCCAAAGAGAAGUUGCACAAGAAGCAGAUUCAACUCCUUAACGACUUUGGUUUGAACCAAACCUUUGACAAUAUAGAACAAGGUAAGGCAAAUCUUGCAAGUCGUUUGAGAUCUUUUAGGGUACUCAUUGUUAUGGAUGAUGUGGAUCAUACCGAUCAAUUGGAUGCUCUGCUACCUGCAAAAGAAAGCCUUGUAAGCGGGAGUCUUAUUAUUGUUACAACACGGGAAUAUGAAGUUCUCACAUCUUGGGGCAUAUCAUCUGUAUAUAAAAUGAGAGCAUUAGAUCCUUCUAAUGCUGAGCAACUUUUUUGUUGGCAUGCCUUUCUACAACCUUCUCCUCUCAAUGGAUUUGAGAAACUUGUGAAAAUGUUCAUAGAGGCUUGCGAUGGACUGCCCUUGUCUCUCAAGGUAUUUGGAGGGCAGUUAUAUGGAAAGUGUGAAAAACAAUAUUGGGAGUCUCUCUUUCAAAAGAUUUCAAGAAUAUUGCCCACUGAUAUCAAAGGAAAACUCAAAGUCAGUUACGAUGCUCUUGAUGAUGAAGACAAAGAGGCAUUCCUUGAUACUGCUUGUUUCUUAAUUGGAGAAAGGAACAGUUUGGCAAUUGAAUUUUGGGAAGGAUCAGGGUGGAGUGGUCUAUACACUUGGCAAAGGCUUCUAAAUAAGUGUUUGGUUGAGGUUGAUGAUAAGAAUUGCAUUAGAAUGCCAUGAUCAUUUAAGAGAUAUAGGAAGGGAAAUUGCAAAUCGACAUUCGCCAACCCGACUUUGGUUACCUCAACAGAUUGUUGAUUACGACAAAGAAACAAAAAAAAGAAAUGGCAUUCGAGGAAUUAAGGCUGUUGCAUUGGAAAACAAAGAAUUGUUGUAUAAAGAGGAACUUUUGUUGCUCGCGCCCUCUUUAGUUGGACUAAAGCUUUUGGCGAUUAGAGGAGAUUAUUUUAAACAAGUAAUUGGUGAAGUACCAAGAGAGCUGGUCUGGCUUUGCUGGUUCAAUAUUGGGCAGAGAAGUCUUCCGACGUGGCUUUCAUUGAAAAAUUUGAGGGUUUUACAACUAUCUGAACAUUUUGGAAGACAGGAACAUCACUUAGAAGAGUUGUGGAAGGCUGAGAGCGACGCUCCCCUGCAGUUAAGAGAAUUGGUUAUUGCUAAUUGUUACAAAUUCCAAAGAUUUCCAAACUCAAUAGGGUGUCUGAGUGAGUUGAAAAAGAUAGUAAUCACAGGUCAUGGCAAUAAUAUUAGGAGUCUGCCAGAAGAAUUUUGUCAUCUGCAAUUUUUGGAGCACCUCGAAUUACAGUGGUGUGAAAUGUUAUCAUUACUACCCAGCAAUUUCGGCAAUUUAAGAAAUCUGCGGUAUCUAGAUUUGUCCAGGUGCACAGAAUUGAAGAGUUUACCAGUUUCUUUUAAAAACUUGAUUCUCCUGCAGUAUCUCAAUUUAGAAAUGUGUAGAAAGCUCAUACUUAGGUCAGAUGAUCUCCAAAACAUUACAAAGCUGGAGUUUUUGAGUCUUUUUAGGUGCGAGCAAUUGGAAGAGUUGCCUCAUCACAUCACAAAUCAGGUGUCCUUGAGAGAGCUCUAUUUAGGUGGUGGGAAGAUGUUAAGAGAAUUGCCAAUUGAAAUCGGUCGAUUAAGCAGGCUGCGAAAGAUGCGGAUAGGGGGUCACUUCAUAAGUUUGCCAAACUCUCUUGGAGAUUUGUCCUCCUUAGCAUAUCUUUCAAUUUGUGAUUCUACCAACCUGGAAUCUUUGCCAACCUCUCUUGGAGAUUUGUCCUCCUUAACAAAUCUUUCAAUUCAGUAUUGUGACAACCUAGAAUCUUUGCCGACCUCUCUUGGAGAUUUGUCCUUGACUAAUCUUGCAAUUUGUGGUUGUUCUAAGCUGAAAUGUUUACCAUCCUCAAUCGGACAUCUUAAUCACUUAGAGCACUUAGAGAUAUCUGAGUGCUCAAUCAGCCAAGUAGAUUUUGGGGCGGCGUCUUUAUCUUUUGCAUUGAACAACCUGAAGUGGAUGGAACUAAAGCAAACAGAAGUGUGCAGGAUUUCAAUCUCUGAUGACUGUUUUCCCUGCCUUCAGACACUGGAAUUAGACCGUAAUUAUCAAUUAACGGAGAUCAGAGCAUUGCCUGUAAAACUUGAAUGGUUGCAUAUAAAGUCGUGUCCACAGUUGGACGUGCUUCCGAGCUUUGCACAGUUAACUUGUCUCAGAGAAUUUGAUGUAGAAGGUUGCGACCGCAUUGAGAAAAUUGAUGGUUUUGAAGAUUGCACAAAAUUGGAAAUAUUGAGACUACACACCUGCAGUGAGGUGCCGAGCAUAGAAAGUUUGGAGCAGAUGAAGGAAUUGAGGCAGGUUGAACUCAAAGCAAACAAGGGAUCAGCUAUUGAAAAUUGCAUUCAAACGAUAAAGAAGUGGCCAGAUGGAAUAAUAAUAUGUACGCCGGCGAUCCCUGAUGCGUCCUCACUUGUAGACUCCUUCAAAUGUGGGCUGUCUCCGGAUCUCUUUGUGGUUGACUCUUUCUCUAACAAGGAUAUUUUGUGCACUUCGAUACUGCAGGAGAAGCAUACCUCCAAUGGCAAUGCCAUUAUGGUUGGUUUUGUUGUAAAUAAUGUUUCUGCUAGACAAUUGAAGAUUGCUUUGUUUCAUGAUGAUAACACGUGCGGUUCUAUAAUAUCUGAGAUGGGAACUGGAGAGGGUAGAUGGGCAUUGAUAGGUGUCUUCACACAACGUUCCAGAUGGAACUCUGGAAAGGAUCUCUUCUCACUCUGUACUUUGGACCACGACCUGCACGUAGAAGUAAAAGCUGAAGUGGAGAGAGGUUCAGCUGUGAGAGGGGAAGAGCAAAGAUUAGUGGAGGCAUCAUUGAGACUUUUACACAGCAUUUGUAUGUAAUAUUAUUUAAUAUGUAGGUGGAAUCUGCGGAGUCAAAUUGUAAUUAACUGGUAGUAAUUAGUCCCAUGGAUCAUAGUACGGGGAAAUGUAAAAAAUACAUUUCUUUUGUUCUUUUUA